AUGAGAACCGAGCAGAUCAUCUUCGAAGCUAAAGAAGCAGGCCGCCGAAUGAAGGCCAGUUGCGACUCCGACACCGAAAGUCGCCGCUCGUCCAUCACAAUCGACGACAAUGGCAUGAUCAUCCAGCGCGGCUUCCUUGCGCCAGUCAGCAGGUCGUCGUCGCAGAACUCGCUCGCGUGCACUCUGACAAACUCCUCCGCCAGCUCUUCCUUCAUCGCAGACUUCAAUACACCGGCAACGUCAUUUGGGUCGCCAGCACCAGGCUAUAGUCGCCCGACAGGAUCUCUCUACCACGCGGCAGAAUUCAGAAGACUGCGCAAGGAGUCGGCCACCUCUCUUUUGCUUCCUGUUCAAAAUCCGCCACUGGAGGUGGUAUGGAGACCACGACCUGGGAUGGGUGAAAGGCGCCGGACUUGGCAGACUGCCAAUCAUCGUGCGUCGCAAAGCACCUCCAGCAGCUACAAAGGCGAUGAGAGCGCACUGGGCAGCUCAAAACGCGACCAAGGAUCGGCGGCGACGACGGAGGUCCAGCGCGUGUCACAAAGCACUCCCAGCAGCUACAAAGAUGAUAAUGGCAUGAAAAUCUCCAAAGACCCCACAGAAUUCGGAGCGAAGAGGGCAGUCUCGCGCGUGGCGUCGCCAUCAGCAUCUCUGCUGUCAGAAAGCCUCAUGGAAUCGAGAAUGAAACAGAAGAGUCGGAGUGCAUUUGAAGCGCAAAUGAAGAGGAGUGGCGAGUGUGGCAGCACCGGCAAAACGCCGAAUUUUGGUGGACGCGAACAGCGAAGCAGCUCACUUCUGGAGAAUGGCCAGUCACCACUAAAGCAAAAGGAGCCUGCCCGGAGCGAUUCAGAACACGCAGAAGACGAUGGUGCUGCAAUCGCCUCGGAUGGCGAGGACGACGACGACUUCAUUGACGACAGUGAUGUCACCAUCAUGCGCAACCGGAAUUGCUACGCAGAACGUCGAGCGCUCAACGAUGCGAGGGUAAUCUGA